GUAUUCAUUAUUGAUAACAGAAAACCAAACCAGUUACAUUCCGCACUGAAUGUAUCCGAGAGCGUAGAGUCUAGUCUUUAAACCAUUGAUAAAAUGGUUAGAGCACGUUAUCUAAACACGAAGGACUCGGAACUGCUUUGUGCACUAAUCAGUGCGCCAGAACCUGUCGGUCUGUCCGUUAACGUUCCUUACGUUUACCAUUCUGUAGAAAGAAUGAAAGAACACAGAAUUCCGAUGAUAAUUUUAUUAUUGAAGAGCUAACUCCGCCGAGCAGACGUGUUGGAGCCGCAGACCUCAUCGUUUCCUGCAAUGCUGGAUGCCCUAAAUUCUGACUCGUUACAAAUUAGUGACCUUCCUACGAAUGGUUGCAUCCUGUCCGCGACCAUUUCCAACAAACGGAUAACCAAUAACCACUAACAACAGAUGAUAAGGAAAACUAAACCGACAAAAUGGCAACCAAACAGAACUCAGAAGCUAUGCCCCUGGAUGGCUGCGAGGAGCCGGUGAAACUGGACGCAGUCCUGCACAAGCUGGGGGCCUUCGGGAAGCACCAGCUGAUCACCAUGAGCAUGCUGGCGCUGGUGUACGCCACCAACUCCAUGUACAACGUCAACUAUGUGUUCGCUGUUGAGGACGUCAACUACAGAUGCAAGGUCCCGGAAUGCGAAUCAGAGGGGUCCCCCUUUGUCGUACCCUGGCUGAACGCGUCCGUCUCCGACCUGGAGAACGAAGGCUUCAAGCAGUGCCAGCAGCACGCCCCGCUCAACAGUCAGUGCAAAUCCUUCAACACCAGCGCGCUGAGGGAGUGCAAGGAGUGGACUUAUGAAAUACCCAAUAGCUUUGUAGCUGAGUUCGGCUUGGCCUGUGAAGAAUGGAAGCCACCUCUAGUCGGCACCGUACACAGCUUCGGGAGCAUGAUCGGCCUGCUCAUUCAGGGACAAAUCUCUGACAGGUUCGGGCGUAAGACCGCGGCGGUGUUCGCCGGCACGAUGGGCGCCGUGCUGGGCCUGACCAAGAGCUUCGCCACCUCCUUCUGGCUCUACCUCGCGCUGGAGGGGCUGGAAGCGGCCAUCGGGGAUGCUCUGUCACCUAUGUUCAUGUUAAGUAUUGAAAUUGUCGAAAAGAAACGGGCGGUGCUCUACCAGAUGAUCCUUCUCAACUGCUACACAGUUGGUCAAAUCAUCAUGCCGUUCAUCGCGUGGGGGGUUCCGUACUGGCGCGACUUCCUCAGGGUCAUCUACGCGCCCACGCUCAUCAUCCUCACCUACUCCUUCUUCCUCGACGAGAGCAUCCGCUGGCUGUUCAGCAAGGGCAAGAAGAAACAAGCCAUAAAGCUCAUAGAGAAGAUAGCAAAGAGGAACAAUGUAAUCAUUGAUAAAAAAUUAAUAAACAAACUCGAUUAUUAUGACGAGGAUGUAUCCAGCAGCGUGGCGGAUAGGAAGCUGCUCAUCAAAACCUUCAAGUCCAGGAUAAUGCUGCAGAGGUUCCUCGUGUGCAUGGUGUGGUGGUUCACCAUCACGCUCAUCAACUUUGGGAUGAUGAUCAGCUCCGUGUUGAUCAGCGGGAACAAAUACAUCAACUUUGCUCUGUUGAUCGUGAUGGACAUUCCGGCGAAUAUCUUCUACUGGUUGGCGUUGGCGAAGUACAACAGGAAGUUGCCCUUGAUAGCGUCCUUCAUUGUCGGAGGGAUUUUCUGCAUAUCGCAGCCCUUUUUGCCAAAAGGGUACGCGUGGCUCGGGCUGGCGCUGUUCAUGAUGUUCGAGAUGCUGGCGACGUUCUCCUACAACAUCGUGUACAUGUACACGUCGGAGCUGUUCCCCACCUACACGCGCAACUCCAUGCACUCCAUCUGCUCGUCCUUCGGCCGCGUAGGCUCCUUGUUGGCACCGCAAACUCCGCUGCUAAUGACAUAUUGGACUGGUCUCCCAGCAGUUAUCUUCGGCCUCACAUCGCUGGUGUCCGGGGCGCUCACGCUCUGCAUGCCCGAGACUGCGCGCACGCAGCUCCCCGACACCAUCCAAGAAGCAGAGGUCAUCGGCAAAAAAUCCGUCGUCAACUAUGAUCCGGCUAAAGAGAGCUUGAAGGGAACUUAGAAUGGCUAUAUACCUAACAGAAGUACCUAAAGACAAUAGCCAAAUAGUAUCUACCUGUGAUUAAUGUGAGUUGUGAUACUUUGAGAAAAUACAAUUCGACACUGUGUUCCGUGAUACCUGCCACGUGUAAUAAUUUGAAUACCUACAAAAUAUGAGUGAAAACUCAUCUUUAUAGACAAGCAAACUCCAACUUAGUUCUCAUUAUUGUUGCCCAUUAAAUGUGAUACCAUUCAGCGCAAGCCUAUCUUGAAAUCAAAAAGGGAGUAUAGCUAGAUGGCCGCAAGCGGUUAUUGAGUGUUUCUUACCGGAAAAACUCAACAACUUUAACUGAAGUCGGUUGACAAACCGUUAUGACAAAUUUACAUUAGGAAUAGAUAAUGCACGUAUAACUUAGAUAAAGUAUGCCAUGUAAUGAAAAUAAGAUGGUAAUGUACGAUGACCCUUCCCGACACCUCAUUAUUGUGAACGUGCCAAGCCUUUACAAAGAAACGAACAUAUACGUAGAAUAUAUUCAUACAUAGGUACAAAGACAGACCAGUGAGUGAAGAGAUACAAAGUAAAAUGGAAGUAAUGUAAUUUGUAUUUUAGUUUCGUUUACAGGAACACGUCUAGGAUAGUAACUCGUCCUAAAAUUGGGAAAGGGCGUCAGGCAGAAAUAGGAAUUAUUGAAUUAUCCUCAGCGUUAGAGAUCAAGUCUCACAUUGGCUACAUUGCAAAGCUAACUUCUUUGAGGUGCUUUUAACCAAUGUAUUUUUCAAGUGUCAUGCACAAAUUUUUUUGGAGACUGCCAGUUAUUUCAUGAAUCAGAAAUUUCUUUAUUGCAUUAUACAGACCGUGCAAGAUAUUGCAAAUAUAUUGGCGUAUGUCAUGUAAUGCAUAAAUGUAAUAUUUUAAAUUGUAAAUAUCAAUUUUAGCCAUAUUUUAGCGUUUCCACAGUUUUUCAUACUUACAGUUGCCAGUAGGAUUUCAAAACGGGACCCUUGGUCGUUGUAAAUCUAACAUCACAUUUUUCAUGUGAAUAUUAUCAUUAUUUUUAGUACGUAGACAAUUUAACAACACUAUGUACAUAUUAUUAAGUAGACAAUCUAACACGUCGGUUAAGUUAUUUGUAACUAAAAUAAAACUAAAUAUGAAACCUA